AAAAGUCAGAGGAAGUUUGUCUAUAGUGAUGAUGUUUGAAGUCUUUAACUAUUGUUUCAGUUAACAUUGAGGAAAUACCCAGAAUGGAGGAUCCUGAACUUGUAAUUGCCGAGCUACGUGCAGCAACCAAUGUACCGUUAAAGCAGCUUGUACCACCAUCAAUAAAAGUCCUUUCCAACAUGCUAACAGUGGUACAUAAUCCAACCAUCAAAGUUUUUACAGUUUCUGGACCAGAUAGCAAGGCGGAAGUGGUGAAGUUAUUUCCGAAAGAAAGCUGCACAUGUCCUUCAUCAACAAUGUGCUGCCAUAUACUAGCAGUUAAACAUAGCAUUGGUGUUGAGCAUUGUAGUGAAAGGAGACCUCUUAAUUUGACUAAUUUGCGACGCAAUUCGCGUAAAAAAGGUGACAAAAAAUCAGGAAGGAAGAAGCCAAGGAAAGGAGAUAUUUCCUUUAUCCCUGCACCAGAUGCAAUUGCCACAACCAAAAAUCUUGAAAUAAAUUGCUUAGAUGAUUUCUUGACAGAAAAUAUUGACCUAAAAGAUAUUGCUAUGGCGACCCCAUUAACUCAAUGUAAAAUGUAAAAUAAUUGUUUUUAAAAUUUUAGCAUUUUAAUAUUUAGUGUAAGUGUUUUUUUAUAACUAAGUUGUAUAUUUUAUUUAA